CUCAUCUAUUCAAUCGCUGGCUGAAGAAGAAGGCUCAGGGGAUUAUCCGCAGGGCCUGUCACUUGUCUUCAUUGUUGUAGCUCUUCUUCUCAGUAUAUUCUUGACUGCUCUGGAUAUGACUAUUGUGGCCACAGCUAUUCCCAAGAUCACUGAUGAAUUUCACGGUCUCGGCGAUGUGACUUGGUACGCUUCAGCAUUCAUGAUGACCAUUGGUUGCUUCCAGUCGACAUGGGGCAAAGUUUUCAAGUAUUUUCCUCUUAAGACAAGCUUCAUUGUUUCGGUUUUUGUUUUCGAGCUCGGAAGCUUGAUUUGCGCUGUUGCUCCUAACUCUAUUGCGCUCAUCGUUGGUCGUGCCAUUGCUGGUGUCGGGGCUGCUGGCAUCGGCUCUGGCGCGUUCACUAUCAUUGCAUUCGCUGCUGAGCCAAAGAAGCGGCCGCUACUCACUGGUGUUAUUGGUGUAUCAUACGGUAUAGCGUCAGUUGUUGGACCUCUGGUUGGCGGUGCCUUCUCUGACAAGGUGACAUGGCGAUGGUGCUUUUACAUCAACCUACCCAUCGGUGGUCUUGCAGCCGGAAUGAUUCUUCUGUUCUUCCACACUCCCAAGCUGGCUCAGCCGGCCAAGGCGAGCUUGAAGGAGAAGAUCUUACAAAUGGACCUCCCCGGCACUGUCCUGAUAUUGUGUGCCGUCAUCUCAUACAUUCUUGCCCUCCAGUACGCUGGGUCUUCUAAGUCGUGGAAAUCGAGUACCGUGAUUGGCUUAAUCAUAGGCUCCUUUUUAAUUCUCGUUGCUUUUGUUGUUUGCGAGUACUUACAAGGUGAACGGGCCAUGUUAACCCCACGCUUAAUGAAGGACCGCAAAAUUUCUGUGAAUGCUGCAUAUGCGGUGUUUUUUGUUGGCUCUUACUUCAUUGUCGUUUACUACCUUCCCAUCUUCUUCCAGAGCAUUGACAACGUCAACCCUACUAUGUCUGGAAUAAGGAACCUGCCUCUUAUCAUUGCAGUGUCACUUUCACUCAUCUUCUCUGGCGGUAGUAUUUCUAAAACCGGCCAUGCUACUCCUCUUCUGGUUAUCGGAGCUGUUUUUGCAACUAUUGGUUCUGGUUUACUGUUUACACUUGACGUCGGAACCAGCACGGGAAAGUGGAUUGGAUACCAGAUUAUCGCCGGUGUUGGAUGGGGGCUAGCUUAUCAGGUUCCCAUUAUAGCCUCGCACGGUCACUCAAUUCCCAGUGACAUCGCAACUGUAACAGGUAUCAUCAUGUUCCAUCAAACUGUCGGUGGUGCAAUCUUCGUGGCCGCUGGAGAAGCCGCCUUUAACAACCAGCUCAUCCAGACCCUUCUAAAGAGCGCGCCAGAUGUCAACCCAAACCUUGUGAUUGCUACUGGGGCCACAGAACUACGGUCUACAUUCACCGCUGAGCAGAUGACCGGCAUCUUAGUUGCAUACACCAAAGGAAUCCAGUCCGCUUUUGCAGUGGCUAUCGCCGCUGCAGGCGUGGCUUUCUUCAUCAGCUUGUUCAGCAAUUUCAAAAGGAUUCAUGGAGAUGCAGCCCAGAGCGCGGCUGUGGCGUAAACAUCUGGCAGCCAAGUCUAUGGGUCAAAAACCUUAUUUCAUUACUCUCUCUCAUAGACUGUCCCUAGAAAUCCUGCGAAUG